AUAAGUUCUUCCCAUCUGAAGUCCAGUUGCAUAGUGUAGGUGCAAAAUGACCAGAGUAAGGUCGCAUGCAAUCCUCGUUUGUCUAAUCAUUGUGCUUUCUUCCCAUUAUUCAUGGCUUGUGGUCUCUCAAUCAACGGUUCGAUCUCUACCUGGUUUUCCUGGCCCUCUACCCUUCCAUCUGGAAACCGGGUAUGUCGGUGUAGGAGAGUUGGAUGGAGACCAGCUGUUUUACUACUUUGUGGAGUCUGAGAAGAACCCAAAAGAGGACCCUCUUGUUGUGUGGCUCACAGGCGGCCCUGGCUGCUCUGCAUGGAGUGGUCUUGCCUUUGAAAUAGGUCCUCUGUCUUUUCCAGGAGUCAGAUAUAAUGGGUCUCUUCCAACUUUGAAGCUGAGACAACACUCAUGGACAAAGGUUUCCAGCAUCAUCUUCGUGGAUUCACCUGUUUGGACUGGAUUUUCAUAUUCAAGUGUCUCAAAAGAUAAUGUAAUUGGAGAUGUAAAAGCAUCCAAGGAACUCUACCAAUUUCUAAGGAAGUGGUUAAUUGGUCACCCACAAUUCCUUUCAAAUCCUCUAUAUAUAGGAGGUGACUCAUAUUCUGGCAUAAUUCUUCCAAUUUUUGUCCAAGAAAUAGCAAAUGGUAUUGAAGCUGGCCGGGAACCAACCCUCAAUCUCAAGGGUUAUUUCCUCGGAAACCCCAUGACGGAUGUAAGAUAUGAUAAUAACUCGAGGGUACAAUACGCCCAUGGGAUGGGCCUCAUAUCUGACGAACUCUAUGAGUCAGCUAAGAAAAGUUGUGAAGGAGAUUACAUAAAUCCAAGAAAUCCUAAAUGUGCAAAGGAUCUUGAGGCAGUAGAUGAGUGUACUUCAAGAAUAAGUAAAGGCUACAUUUUAGAUCCCAAAUGCCCCAUUGCAUCCCCAAGGCCAAGCGAUAUGGUGAGACACAGAAGAUCUCUAGAGGACAAAUCUGAAGAGCUGCUUCUCCCAUAUCCUCAACCCCAAUUUGGGUGUAAGGAAUAUGCAUAUUUGCUCUCCGAUUAUUGGGCUAAUGAUGAUAGUGUUAGAAAGGCACUCGGCAUCCGUCAGGGAACAACCAGAGAAUGGAAAAGAUGCAACUAUGACAUACCUUAUGAGAACAAUGUCAGAAGUACCAUAAAAUACCAUCUCGAUUUGACCACUCGAGGCUAUCCAGCUCUGAUAUACAGCGGUGAUCAUGACCUAGUAGUACCAUUUUUGGGCACACAAGCAUGGAUUAGAUCUCUUAAUUUCUCCAUUGUCGAUGAGUGGCGUCCAUGGUUCGUUAAUGGACAAGUUGCCGGGUAUACCAGGACGUAUUUGAAUAACUUGACAUUUGCGACUCUAAAGGGAGCAGGCCACACAGCUCCAGAGUACAGACCCAAGGAAGGCUUUGCAAUGUUCCAACGGUGGAUUUCUCGUAAUCCUCUAUGAUCACCUCCAAUUUUGGAGCUUCAAUCCACUUGCUUUCCCUGCAUGGCUGGCCAAAUGCUCCAUUGUGCUUGUUAAGAGUGGCUCCAUCUGUGGCAUCUUCUACUGGUUAAAAUACAAAAUUUAUGUAGAAUAAGUUAGUACUAAUCACCCAUGUAAUGCUCAUAGUGAUAAAGUGGUUUUCGUUCCUGAUUAUUACCAAUUGAAGUCACAUAAUUAUUCAGGCUGUAUUUGGAUGUAAAGAUCGAUUGCUUUGUCACAAAUAAAGUGAAAUGUCUAAAAUUCAA